GCUGUACACAAGCACUGCCAGCCCAGCGCACCCUCCAGGGACAGAACUGCCCGAGCUCGGUGCCAGCACAGCCCGGGCGCCCCACAAGAGGCGCGGGGGGCGGAGACAGGGCGAUCGCAGGCCCGGAACGAGCUGGGCUGGCCCGGAGGAGGAGGAGAGCGCUGGCCAUGGCGGCGCCCGCCGCGCUGAAGCGGAGCGUGGUGUCCCCCACGGGCAGGCACACCGCCUCCCUCAUCUUCCUGCACGGCUCAGGUGAUACUGGCCAAGGAGCAAGAGCAUGGAUAAAACAAAUUUUGAAUCAAGACAUGGCAUUCCAACACAUAAAAGUAAUUUACCCAACGGCCCCUGCCAGGCCAUAUACACCUAUGAAAGGAGCCUUUUCCAAUGUGUGGUUUGACAGGUAUAAGAUCUGUAAUGACUGUCCUGAACACAUUGAAAGCAUUGAUUCCAUGUGCCAGGGUCUUACCGACCUGAUCAACGAUGAGGUUAAGAAUGGCAUUGCCAAGAACAGGAUACUCGUAGGAGGCUUUUCGAUGGGAGGUGGAAUGGCAAUGCAUUUGGCAUAUAGGUUUCAUCAGGAUCUGGCAGGAGUCUUUGCCUUGUCUAGUUUCCUCAAUAAAGACUCUGCUGUUUACCAGGCUUUGAAAAGAAAUGAAAAUGCUCUUCCAGAAUUAUUUCAGUGCCAUGGAACUGCUGAUGAUCUAGUUCUGUACUCAUGGGGUGAAGAGACCAACAAGAUGUUAAAGUCUCUGGGAGUAUCAGCAUCACUUCAUACUUUUCCAAACCUCUAUCAUGAGAUGAACAGAAUUGAAAUAGAAAAAUUAAAAUCCUGGAUUGUAAAGAAAUUGCCCGUUGAAGCACCAAAGACAAAUGAAUAAACGAAGAUCCAGCCUCA